CGCGCAUAUGACGUCCGUGUGACCCAUGGAUGAAAGACCGGUGACGAGUCGUCAGUGCUGAAAUCUGUUGACCAGAGUUUCUGUACAGAACAAAGGAAAAACAAUGAGUCAGCGCUCUGAGCGACGAGGGAUCCAUGUGGACCAAUCGGAACUGCUAUGCAAGAAGGGAUGCGGUUACUAUGGAAAUGCUGCCUGGCAGGGCCUGUGCUCCAAGUGCUGGAGAGAGGAGUACCAGAAAGCUCGGCAGAGGCAGAUCCAAGAGGACUGGGCCCUGGCUGAAAAGCUGCAGAGGGAAGAGGAGGCGGCCUAUGUCAGCAUUCACGGUUCCUCGCAAACCCAGCCUCCGCAGUCACAUUCCCAGCAAUCUCUCGCCACCUUCUCCAAAUUUGAGGAGAAGAAAACCAACGAGAAAACUCGCAAGGUCACCACCGUGAAGAAAUUCUUCAGUCCUUCUUCCCGCACGGCCCCAAAAAAAGUCCCCCCUGAAAAAGAAAACGAGAAACGAGUGAAAGAGGAGAAGGUGCAGGGCAGGAGGGAGAGCCAUGGAGAAACCCUCUUAAGGGAUCUGAAGGGCAUUUUUACCCAGCCCUGGGACAUGGGCUCGCCCACUGAAGCUCUGGUAUCCAGACUGAGAGAAAGCCACGAGGGAAAGACACCGAGUCCGUCCAUCAGUCGUCAGUCCAGCAUUGAGACUGAUCGCGUGUCACAAGAUUUUGUGGACUUCCUGAAGACCCUCCAGAAACCCGGCAGAGAGAUCCACAAGCAGAGCCGUGCUUUCAUAGAGAGCAUGGGAAAUAAAAGGGAUCUUGGCGUCGAGGAACUCUCUGAGUGUGUUCAGGACUUCUACCAAAACAUGUCUGACCGACUUAUGAAUUAUUUCAAAGGUUCCUCUGAAAAGGUGGACAGGGUGAUGGACCAAGUGGAAAAAUACAUCAUGACUCGACUGUACAAAAGCGUCUUCUGUCCAGAAACUACAGAUGAUGAGAAAAAAGACCUGGUCACCCAGCGCAGGAUUCGGGCCUUACACUGGGUUACCAUUCAGAUGUUGUGUGUUCCUGUGGACGAGGAGAUCCCAGAGGUGUCCGAUAGUGUAGUCAAAGCCAUCACAGAUGUUAUUGAGAUGGACUCGAAGCGUGUGCCGAAGGAUAAACUGGCCUGCAUCACCAGUUGCAGUAAGCAUAUUUUCAAUGCCAUCAGGAUCACCAAGAAUGAACCAGCAUCUGCAGAUGACUUUCUGCCUACCCUCAUCUAUAUCGUGUUGAAGGCCAAUCCUCCUCGACUGCAGUCCAACAUCCAGUACAUCACACGCUUCUGCAAUCCCUCGAGACUCAUGACAGGAGAGGAUGGAUACUACUUCACCAACCUGUGCUGUGCUGUAGCCUUUAUAGAGAAGUUGGACGCCCAGUCUUUGAAUCUUAGCCCUGAGGACUUUGAGCGCUACAUGUCUGGUCAGGCGUCCCCUCGAAGACCAGACAAUCCUGCAGGCUGGCCCCAGACCGGCUCUAAUGUUAACCCGGUCCUCAGCCAGAUCCAUCAAAAUCUAAGCGUCCUUUCUAACCUUGAAAAAAGACAGCAGCAGGUGAUCGAGGAGGCACAAAGCCUGCAGACAGAACUUGCAGAAUGGCAGGACAGCGUGGCCCGCGAAGUCCAGGACAUCUUGGAAAGAUACCCACUGGAGAUUAAACCUCGGGCAUCUGCGAUAGAUGCAGAGAACGUGGAAAACGACAAGUUACCACCACCCCUGCAGCCACAAGUGUUUGCUGGGUAAAAAAAUAUACUAAUCUAAGAUUGCUUACCUCUCUUUUUGUUUUUAAAUGGAAAGGUUGCUUCUGUCGAAGAUCUCUUACUUCUUGUAUUAAGGAUGUGAGAGAUGUUAACAUUACAUUUACAACAAAUUCCAUAAGGAACAUACAGAAGACUAAAGCUUUAAAAAAAAACUGUUACUAAUAGACUUAACAUUUAAAUACAUUAGCUAUUUUAAAUUAUUGAAUCAAUAUGUACCCUUAAUAAAAUUACAGUUUUAAUGUACUCAUACAACACAAAUCAAGUAAUUUUCAUUGUAUGGCGAUGUUCCCCUCCUCCUAGAUUUAGGUGUUUACUGUGAUCCUUUUUUAUGGGUGUAUAAAAUGCGUUGAUAAGUAUAAUGCAUACUGAGAAAAUAUAAAGUUAAACCCCAAGUAAAAUUUGACUUAGCUUUUAAGCUAACUUUGGUGUUUCAUGAAUGCAAAGCAUUUAAAGUUCUACGGUACCUAUUGAAGCUGGUAGAUCAGCUAUAUUGCUCUGCUGACAGUUCAACAGUCAACACUAUAGGUAUUUGUUUGUUAAUAAAACCAAACACAUUAUUGGUGUGUAUAAAGAUGCAUGUUUUUCUCACAUCUGUAAUUGUAACCACAGGCUUUACAUACUUUAAAUCCAAGAUAAUAAUUGCAUUGAUAUGUUUUGCAUUUGAUGUCAGCUUUACAGAAAUGGUUAAGUGUGAUCCAGUUUUUAUUUGAAUGUCCCAGAUGUCACUGUAACAGGUACUUGGCACGUGUUAUCUUAACUAAGCUGCUUUAUUUAUAAUGUAAAUAUAUAAAAACUUUAGGUGUGUCA